AUGGCGGCGGUACAGCAACCGCCAUGGAGCGCUCCUCAGUCCGAUAGCAUCGACCCGAAAGCGCCCAACAUUCGAGUGUACAACAGUCUCACCCGUACCAAGACGCCCUUCUACCCGCUGAAGCCCAAGAAAGUCAGCUGGUAUGCCUGCGGGCCAACAGUCUACGAUGAUGCUCAUCUCGGGCAUGCGAGAAACUACGUCUCUCAAGACAUCAUACGCCGAAUACUCAAGGAUUACUUCCACUUCGACGUCAACUUUGUCAUGAACAUCACAGAUGUCGAUGACAAGAUCAUCCUUGCAGCUCGACAACAGCAUCUUCUGGCCGAGUGGCUAAAAGAGCAUCGGAAAGCACGCGAGCAGGAGGAUGGGGUUUCGAACGGGGUGGAAAAGGCCAUCUCGUCAGAAAUUCGGCAGACAACGGCAGAGGCACUGAAUGCAUAUGCACAGAAGAAUCUACCUUUGCUGGACUCGCAGGUGGCUCCAGAGCAGUUUGGUGAGGAAGCGGACAAGAAAUAUGGCCACGUCAUGAAGGGCAAGAGCGUUACGGACGACGGCACUCCGCCAGGAGACAAAGAGGCCAAGGUCAAGAUGCACCUCACCAUUGCUCGAACCGCAGCAGAAGCCCAGCUGCUUCCCGAUCCCUCCCUCGAAGACUAUGUAUCGAGAACCACGGGUGUUCUGUUACCCUACAUCGACUCACUGCGGUCGUCAACGGUGAAAGGCAACGACCACGGCAUCUUUACGAUUCUCACCAAGCGGCACGAAGAGCGUUUCUUCGAAGACAUGAAGGCGCUCAAUGUUCGAUACCCGGACAAAGUCACUCGCGUCACUGAAUACGGCCCUCAAAUUGUGGACUUCGUGAAGCGCAUACAGGAUAACGGGUUUGCGUACGAGCACGAAGGCAGCGUCUACUACGACAUCGGCGCUUGGGAGUCAAAGGGCGGCUAUUACGCGCGUCUGGAGCCCUGGAACCGCAACGACAAGGAGAUGCUGGCUGAUGGCGAGGGCGCUUUGGUCGCCAAGAACACCGGGUUCAAGCGUUCGGCUGCUGACUUUGCGCUUUGGAAGGCCAGCAAACCAGGCGAACCGAGUUGGCCAAGCCCGUGGGGUGAGGGCAGACCAGGAUGGCAUAUCGAGUGCAGUGCCAUGGCAUCAGACGUCUUGGGCAAGCAAUUCGACAUUCAUUCUGGCGGCAUUGAUCUGGCGUUCCCGCAUCACGACAACGAGCUUGCGCAGUCGGAAGCGUACUGGUGCAAUCGUUCUGACUCCCACGUUGGCCACCAAUGGGUCAACUACUUCCUACACACUGGCCACCUAUCGAUCUCUGGAGCGAAGAUGUCGAAAUCGCUGAAGAACUUCACUACCAUUAGGCAAGCACUGUCAGAGGGUGCAUGGACGCCGCGUGGGCUUCGCAUCGUCUUCCUCCUCGGCAACUGGAAGGACGGUUUAGAGAUUACUCCUGACCUUGUCAAAGCUGGCUUGGCCUGGGAGGAGCGUGUCAACAACUUCUUUCUCAAGGUUCGAGAUCUCCAGUCCCGACAGCCACACAUCAACGGCAACGGCAACGGCAACUCCGUCGCGUCACAGAAGACGGAGAUGGAUCUCCGACUAGACGAAGCCCAAGCAAAGUUUGGUGACGCUCUUUCCGACUCUUUCGACACACCAUCAGCAAUGCGCGUCAUAACUGAACUCAUCACCGCGUACAACUCCACACCUGACAAGCAAAUAGCGCUGUCUACAAGCACCUCCCUUGCGAGCUGGAUCACCAAAAUGGUGCACAUGUUUGGCCUCGACUCGCAACCAUCACCGCCCACCGGCCAAGUCGGAUGGUCCGGCAACGACAUACCCGAAAAAGCCAAGCCGUUCAUUCUACCUCUAGCUCGCCUACGCGACCGCGUGAGAGAGCAAGCGAUAGCGGGCAGGAUCAACCUCACCGCCUUAGGUAAGAUGGAAGAUGUGGACACGACCUUUGGUGCCAACCAGCCGUACGCCAAUGCGAACGCCGACUUCCAGCGCACGGUUGUGGGCCUACACAAGAAGGGUGCACCGCCAAAGGACUACCUCGCCGCCUGCGACGAUCUCCGCGAUCGCGUACUCUGGAACCUAGACAUCUACCUCGAGGACCGCGAGGGUCUGCCAUCCCUCGUCCGGCCACUCUCCCAAUCCCUGCGACAAGAGAAGGCAGACCGGGAAGCAGUGGCCGCAUCAAAAACCGCUGCAAAGGAGAAGGCGAAGGCUGAUGCCGCUGCAGCGGAGCGAGAGAAGCUGGAGAAGGGCAAACUGAAUCCCGUCGAAAUGUUCAAGGCGGAUGAGGAGUUCUCCGAGUGGGAUGAGGAGGGGUUGCCGACCAAGGAUGCUAGUGGUGAGCCGUUGGCGAAGUCGAGAGUGAAAAAACUCAAGAAGGACUGGGAGAGGCAGAAGAAGCUGCACGAGGCCUAUCUGGCGAGUGGGAGACAAUAG